UGCUGUCUUAUGAACUCAUGCCGCGCAUCAGCUGCUUGUAGUCCGCACUGUUUCCGUGGAGCUGACGGCAAUCUGCUCACGCUACAGGACCCUGUGAAGGAUGACAGUUUCCACCCAUUUCAUCAUCAUCUUGGAAAUCAAGGUGAGGUGCCUUUAAACUCUGGACCAAACCAACAGUGCUGAAAAUGAAGAUCUGUGUUGCUUUUAUUGUAGUAGCUGUUCUUCACAUCGCUCAGGCUGUUUGUCCAGAUAAGUUGCCUGGUCUACAACCCUGGACUCCUGGACACAAUGAAGCCCACAGAGUCACCAUCGGUUACGGCCGCAAAGUCGUCCUCACCGCAUCCGCGACUGUCCAUUCCAUCGAGAUCCUCAACGGAGGGAAGCUUGUGAUCGCUGAUUCCAGUCGACCCAUUUUUCUGCGGGCUAAGCACAUCCUCAUCGGGAACAAGGGUGAACUUCACAUUGGCAGUCCAGAAUGCCGUUACAAAGGCAACCUCACAAUCUCUCUCUUUGGCAGGUAUGAAUACAGGCUUUGA